AUGGCAGCUGAGGACGUGAAGAAGAAGUCGUCUGCGUCGGCAGACCCUGUCGAGAAGAAGGAGAAGAAGGAGAAGAAGGAGAAGAAGGAAAAGAAAGAGAAGAAGGACAAGAAGGAAAAGAAGGCCGAGGCCGAGGUGUUUGUCGAGGACACCAACGGCGAUGUCUCGAUGGUCGACGUCGAGGUGGAAGACGACGACGAGCCCAACCCUGCGCUCCUGAGCCCGAUUGCGCACCCCCUGGCUUCCAAGGUGCUUUCGAAGAAGGUGUUCAAGACGAUCAAGAAGGCGUCCAAGUCGCGUGGCCACGUCAAGCGCGGCGUCAAGGAGGUCGUCAAGGGCCUGCGCAAGGGCGAAAAGGGUGUGGUGAUCCUCGCGGGCGAUAUCUCGCCGGUCGACAUUCUCUCGCACAUCCCAGUGCUGUGCGAGGACACGAACAACCCCUACGUCUUUGUCCCUUCCAAGGACCAGCUCGGCAACGCCUCGAGCACCAAGCGCCCGACGUCGUGCGUGAUGAUCGUCCCGGGCGGCGGCAAGAAGGCCAUCGAGAAGGGCGAGACAAAGAUCAAGGAAAACUACCAGGAGGAGUACUCGUACCUGCACAAGGAGGCUGCCCGCCUGGUCGAGCAGUUGCUCCUGGGCUAG